GUUGAUUUACUGGCUGUAGCGGUGGACUGAUAAAGUUUAUUGAUAAACCAAUCAAUUUGUUAUCUAAAUUAAUUCACAGUUGAGAAAACGGGGUCGUGUGUCGGUGGCCAAAGCUUAGAUUGUUAAACAGACAAACUUGAUCAUACAGCGGGAAACUCCUAUUCUGAAUACUUUUCAAGCCAACGACACUUUUAUCUACUUGGAAAGGAUUCUACGUAUACUGUUUAGCGUCAGCGUUGCUAGCAUUCGUGUUGUACUUAGUUGUUUUGGUGGUGCUUGUUUGUCAAGAUAAUUUCGAGUAAGUCUAAUUUAUUCCGCUUAUUCCAGAUCACUGAUUAUUCGCUAUUAUAAGCUUUUUUGACAGAGGAGUAACUCGUCAUAGUCUAUAUCGGUUGUUUGUUUGGUUCACUUUUUGCCGCUCUUUUUUGUCUUUUACCGCUGAAACUAUUGAUAUUGUUAUCGCUAAAGAAGAUUACCAGUCAUGGAGAACCCAGUAAUUCAACAUCAGCCGGGUCCUGGAGAUGAUUCGAGAGAUGUCUCAACCUCGCCUAAUGCUACUUUAGACGUUGAUCUCAAUAAUAGUCAUACGGCAAGCGUUACCCCUACUCUGGGCGCCUCGAAUAGUAAAUUACCCAUUAGUUCAUUGACCAGGCUAUUGAAUGAAUCAAGCUCAAAUAAUACCACUCCAAAGUCCACUUCAAUCGCCUCGUCUGCCUCAAUGUCGACCGACACUUUGACUCAAGUUGGUGAAGCUUCGCAAAACUCGGACUUGGAGCAUGAUGAUAAUGAUAAUGACCAAGAUGAUGGUCCUUUGACCAUUGGCACCAGUGCCAACUCGGUGAAAAUUACUCGCCCUGGAACUUCUCCGGGCCAAAUCUCAAGCCCUUCAGCUCCUACCUCCAAGACUUCAACCAUUAAUGGUAAACCUAAAUUGAUUAUUAAUGGAUUCGAUGCAAAACCUCUCCAACAGCAACCAAAUACUCCUUCGAUUCUUGGAAGAUCUUAUGGUUCUUCUACAAAUAAUAGUGCUUUCAGAGAUACUCCCAUUAAGCCUCCUUCCCAAUCCGCAACCAGUCCAAGAAUUAAUCGUACUAAUUCUGUAUCCCAUACUUCCUUCUUCGCUUCCGGUGGUUAUGGUAGUGAAAGUUUAUCUUCUUCAAUUCCUUAUAGUGCCCCUGGUGGUCGUGGUAAUAAUUUAUCCCUGUCGGUAAAUAAGCCGAAUCAUGUUUCUAAUUUAUCUAAUGCAUUCACUGAUCAAAAUAAUAACUCUUCUCAUAAUAAUUCUCCUUCCAUCUCUUCAAAUGGUGAUUCAAAUGGACUUUCAAUGUCAAUGCCAAAUCAAAAUGAUUUUUCAUCUGCUUCAACUUCUUCUUCCUCUUCCUCUUACAUUCCUAACUUACCAAAUGGCCAACCUAUACUGUCAAUUCAAAUCCAAUCCCCUAACGUUGGUUCGGCCUCAAUCGAACCAAGGUUUGUUGUGUCAAAACAACGUGUGGCUCAAGCACAGGCUGCUGCUUCAUUGAGCUCAUCCCAACGUUCGGGCCUGCAACUGGGAUUAUCCUUCUUCUUCCUGUCCAAAAAUAAAGGCUCGGGUGUUAACAAAAGGGACUCUUCUAGUACUGACUUGGGAUCGUUCUAUAAUAAUUCUUAUCAAGAUAAUUAUACUCCAAUGGCUAUUAAUAAUAAUGCGACCAGCAGUGCCACCACUGUUAUUCCAAGUUCUCCCCUGUCGGUUUCAUCUACUGAAUCUGCCUCCUCAAAUGCGGCCUACAGUCAGUCAAGACAUAACUCCAUGGCCAACUUGAAAAGAUUUUUCAAGAAAAACUCUUCAGUACUGUCGUCCCAACCAAUUCCCGUUUCUAACUUGUCCAAUUCUUUGAGGGCAAAUGGUGUUGGUAGUGGUUCCAAUACUCCAAGUAGCUCUUCUUUCCAAGGCGGUUCUUUUUCAAAUCAACAGCAACAACCUUUGACCGCAUCUUCCUCAAAUGCUUCAUACUCUCAAUCACCAGGUGCUAUAAACAUCAAAACAAACGUUAGUAAUAAUGGUAAUCACAAUAACAACAAUAAUGGAUCCAAUUCAGGGUCCAUUAGUAGAUCAUCCUCCACUCUUCAAAAUAAAAUCAACUAUCAAGAAAGACGUGGUUCAGUUCUGGCCUUUAUCAAUACUCCCCAACAGCUGCAACUGCAAUUCCCUCAACAACAACAAUUACCUUUUUCAAAACGUUAUAGUAAAUUUGGUGAAAGUUUAGGUGCUGGUGCUGGUGGUGCAGUUAAAUUGGUUAAUAGAUUAUCUGAUAAAAAAAUUUUUGCAGUUAAAGAAUUUAGAACAAAAUAUCAAAACGAAUCAAAACGUGACUAUGCUAAAAAAAUCACCGGUGAAUAUUGCAUAGGUUCUACUUUGAAGCAUCCAAACAUUAUCGAAACUGUUGAAAUUUGUUAUGAAAAUGAACGUAUUUUACAAGUUAUGGA